UCCCCGGGAGAACUUGUAGGGGUCGGAGUGGGGGCGAACCAGCUUUCUUGCUCUCCCCACAGAGCUGACGUGUACUGGGCUCCAGAGGGCUGGCAUUUCCUUGGGAAUGGAGGUUUAGGGAAUCCGGAGUUGAGGGUCGCUGCGGGUGGUGGGUACGGGCACGUCGCUGGCGCUCUCCUCCCUCCUGUCCCUGCUGCUCUUCGCUGGGAUGCAGAUGUACAGCCGCCAGCUGGCGUCCACGGAGUGGCUCACGAUCCAGGGCGGCCUGCUUGGCUCAGGCCUGUUCGUCUUCUCUCUCACUGCCUUCAAUAAUCUGGAGAAUCUUGUCUUUGGCAAAGGAUUCCAAGCAAAGAUCUUUCCUGAGAUUCUCCUCUGCCUCCUAUUGGCUCUUUUUGCAUCGGGCCUCAUUCACCGAGUCUGUGUCACUACCUGCUUCAUCUUCUCCAUGGUUGGUCUAUACUACAUCAACAAGAUCUCCUCCACUCUGUACCAGGCAACAGCUCCAGUCCUCACACCAGCUAAGGUCACGGGCAAGGGCAAAAAGAGAAACUGACCCUGAAUGUCCAAUAAAGUGGAUUCUUUGUAA